CAGGACUUUCAGGAAGGGGAGGUUCCCUCAGGAAUCUGCCAUCAGCUGCACAACAGAAGUCAGACGUUGCAGCCGUGGACAGUGAGGUUUCUGUGGUCAGAAACGUGAGAGAGAGUGACCUCUCCACUCGCUGACCGCAAGAAUGAAGCCACUGGCUCUGCUUCCGACAGAUCCCACACCCAGUGUGGAGUCCAGGGGUCACUCCAGCUGUACUAUCCAGAGCUUGGAGAACCGUAUCCUGGCCCAGGCCUCCUCCAUUCUGUCCCAGCCUCCUUCCUCGGCUCCAGCAUGGGCAGCUCCGACCUCGUCCAUCUCCUCCUUAUGUCCAGCUCUCCAGCCAUCCUGGCUUUCCUCCACACAGCUGAAGCAGGAUCUUUUCCUUCCUUCCUCUCUCCGCCCUCCUCACUCCCUCAGCACUGCACUGCAAAGCACAGCGCCCCCUGCUGGAGGGCUUUUUUCUGAAAGCUUUUCUACUGGUGGACCUUCUGCUGGCGAGGCUUCUGCUGGUCCUGGUGAAGAGCAGCCAAGUAGAGAACAGGUUUUAGAGCAGGUCAGCUUGUGCUCCACUGAAGAUGUCCAGUCACGUGAUGAGGAACUGGCCGAGGAUUUGGACACCCAUGAAGGUCUGGUGGAGACGGACCAGGCGCCAGUCGUGAAGCUGAGAGUGGCUGAGGAAGAGGAGCAGAAGUGCACGGUGGAGCUCGGCGAAGAAUUCAGGGUCCCUGAAACCGAUUUCAGUGAAGAAGCAGAAGUACUGAAGGAUACGAAGUAUAAGCUGCUGAACAUGGUGUGCUGCUCUCUGGUGAGUAAAAGCUGCUCUCCUGGCCAGAAGGGCUGGAACAAGAACAAAAGCGUGUGGAGAAAGAUCAGGGACCUGGCGGAGAUGAUCACCUGCAGGCAUCCGGAGUUUCUUCUCAAGGUGGCCGUCUACACUCGGCAGGAACUUAACAAGCACCUCAUGGCCAGCUUCCUGCUUGCUUUGGCCGCUCACCUGCCCGGCUCCAAGCCGCACCUGAGGAGGUACUUUUGUGCAGCGGUGCAGCUGCCAUCAGACUGGCUGCAAGUGGUGAGGAUCUACAGCACGUGUUUCAGCUCAUCUCUGCCCACGUGCCUGAAAAAAGCUCUGGUGGACAAAUUCAAGCAGUUCAGUGAAGGUCAGCUGGCCAAAUACGGCGCACGGAGACGGAGGAAGCGCAGAGCUGCGGAUAUUCCUCCUGACCUGAGCAAGAAAAGGGCAGACCUCCUCAGAACAUACCCUUCAGACCUGCAGAAACACUCCCAGAGGGAUCAGAGCGAGUUCAGCAUGAAGAAUCUGAUAAAACGUCUCCACAUCAAAGAGCCCGCAGAGUUCGUCAUGAGCAUCCUGGGGAAGAAGUACCCUGCCGAUGCGAAGGCGUUUGAGCGCAGUGGUCUGAGUGGAGUUUGGCAGAGUGACCGAGCCGGUCAGAGAAUGAAACUCAAACAGCCGGACACGUGGCAGACCACCCUGAGCCGAGAGGGACACAAGGCUGCGACCUGGGAAAAGAUGAUCGACAGGAACUCUCUGCCUUUUGUGGUGAUGCUGAAGAACCUGAGGCACAUGAUUACCCAGGGCAUCAGUGCCAAACACCACGACAAGAUCCUGAAGCGACUCACAUCAGAGCCGGCUGUGAUCCAGAGUAACCUGCUCCCGUUCAGCUUCCUCACCGCAUAUAAAGUCAUUAUGCAGCUCAGCAGGUUUGUCGACUCUACGCUGAAGCCGGACAGCCAUACGGUCAUCCUGCAGGGGAUUGUGAAGAGGUUUCGGAAGCGUAAGGCCUUUAAGUAUCUAUACUGGACGUCGGCCAGUCGUCGGAGGAUGCGAGCAACGCUUGGAGUGCCGCUCAUCUACAGUCUCUACAAAGUCAAACGCAGACUCCUGCAGAGAGCCAGCCAGAGGAAGUUCAGUGCGGAGCUGCUGGAGCGAUACCUGCAGGCUCUGCUGAAGGCCGUGGAGAUUUCCUGCAGAUACAACAUCCCCCUGAUACCCGGACGCACCCUCAUCUGCCUUUCUAGCAGCUUUGAUGAAAACAACUGGAAACAGGCUGCAGAAGUCUUUCUGCCUCCAGACCCCUCAGAGAAGAUGGAGGAGACCCUCCCAGAACCUUCAAAGGAUGCUGAGGAGGCCCUCCCAGAAGCUUCGGAGAACACUGAGAAGACCCUCCCAGAACCUUCAGAGGAUGCUGAGAAGGCCCUCCAAGAACCUUUGGAGGAUUCAGAGGAGAACCAUUCAACACUUGCAGUGCAACACACAGCUAUCCUCUUGGCCAUGCUGCUGAGAUACGGCUGUGAGCAAUUGAGGGUCCAAUUAAUGGACUACAGAGGAUUUCAUGAGGUGGAGUUUAAGUCUGACAACUUUUUGGAGAAUGCGUGGCACGGAAUAAAGCAGAUGAAGGAGUCCUGGAGAGAUGAGCUAAAGUGGACAUCCUACUGUAACUUCUUCUCCAAGUUGACCGAGGACAAAGCAAAGGUGGAUAAUGUGAUCAUGGUGAACGAGUACUGGUCGGAAUCCACUUUAGAGUCCGAAGUGUACAGAUACCGCCAGAACUCCAGCAGGGACGCUCUUGUGGUUAACCUGCUGCUCAGUCCAAUUGAAGGCGACAGUGAUGACAACCAUGAUCCUCACUUUGUGAAACUCUCUGAGUUCAGUAAGCAGAUUCUGAAGUUUGUUUCAGAGAGAGGUUCCUCCAGGCUCUUGGACCAUGUGGAGAACAUGGACAAGCUGUAUGAGAUCCCUCCUCCAUCAGGGUUCAGAGAUAAACCAGAGAGAACCAUAGACGUUGUCCCAUUGCCUGCCGCUCCAAAGCUCAGGUGGCGUGAGGUGCGUGUGGUCAUCUCGUCGUCGUUGCGGGACACGUACGCCGAGAGAGAAAUUUUGCUGCAUUCUGUGUUUCCGGAGCUGCGACGCCGUGCGGCUCCACACUGCCUCUACCUGCAGGAGGUGGAACUGCGCAGUGGUUUAUCAGAGGAGGAGUCGGCUCGGGCCGUGGAGCUCUGUCUGUCAGAGGUGGGCUGCAGUCAGCUGCUGCUGGGGAUUCUGGGAGAGAGAUACGGGCCAGUUCUGCCUCGGCCUGCGCUGACCAGUCAGCCUCAAAAUAGCUGGAUGAACUCCGCCCCCUCUGGGCUGUCAAUCACAGAGAUGGAGAUCCGUCAGUUUCACUCUCUGUAUCCCGACUCUGCUCAGAGGCGCAUGUUCUUCUACUUCAGAUCCCCACACCUGGUCAGCUCAGUUCCUGUGGCGUGGAGAGCCGACUUCACCGUCGAGUCGAGAGAAUCAGAGGCUAAAAUGGACGAGCUGAAGGAAUGGAUCCGGAAAAAGCAGCUCAGAGUGAUGGAAAAUUACCCGUGUGAGUGGGGGGGUAAGGGGGUGGACGGACGGCCCUGUGUGAAAGGAUUGGCGGAGUUUGCGAAGGCUGUGAUGGAAGAUCUCUGGGCAGCUUUACAGGAGCUCUUUAUGGAGGAAGUAAACGAGGCUGAUGUGAUGUCGGAGAUUAACGAGCAGGAAGUCCAUCAGGAGGCUCAGCGCCGGCACUUCCGCGGCAGAGGGAAGCUGGUUUCCAUGGCGAUAGAGAAAGUUAAGGAGUGUCAGCAGAAAGGAGGAAUCCUAUUGGUGGAGGGGCGCCGUGCAGAGGGCAAGACUGCCUUCAUGGCUGCCGUGGCUCAUAUGCUCUUAACUCAAGACCAGUCGAAGAACAAAGCUCCUCUGUGUGAUGUCAUUUCCUAUUCCACAGCUGCUAGCCAAUCAGCUGGCAGCGUCAGCCAACUCCUACGCUGCCUGGUCCGAAGACUGAGGAAGAUGAAGGACGAGGAGGAGGAGUUGACUUCCAGCACAUCUUACAGAGCCCUGCUGUCCGAGUUCCACCUGCACCUGUCUGAUCUUAGAGAAGAUCCACCCCUGGCCGUCUUCAUUGAUGGGGUGGACCUUGUGCAUGAUGCUAGAGGUCAAGUGGUUUCUGAAUGGAUACCUGAGCACCUUCCCAAGGGAGUCUGUCUGGUCCUGAGUGUCACCGCAGGUUCAGCCCUCUGUGACGCUCUCGGUAAGAAGAAGCGCUGCGCGUCGUUUCCGCUGGGAGAGUUAACCUGGACUGACCGCAGGGAGAUCGUGCAGGAGGAGCUGGGCGUGGAUGCAGAGGAACUGAGCGAUCCAGCGUUCAGUAAACAGCUGCAGACGCUGCUGAUGAAGAAGGGAGCCGUCAGUCCGCUCUACCUCCGACUGGCCUGUGAGGAGCUGAGGAGCCUCUCUUCACUGCAGAAGAUGAAGGACAGUCUCCACCCUCUUCCUCACUCUCUGUCCGAGUUGGUGCAGCUCACUCUGCUCAGGCUGCAGUCUCAGUUUGGGGCAGCAGGGCUGGACUGGACACUGGCCGCUCUGGCCGUCACCUCCACCGGUCUGCGGGAGAGAGAUCUGUACCCUCUGCUGAAUCUGUGCAGUGACCUGAGCUCCACUCAGCGCCGCCUGACCUGGCAAGAAGCACAUCACCUGGCCAGGAACCCAAAGAGCCGAGUGCCGAUGGCAGUGUUUUACCAGCUGACCCGUAAUUUACGAGGUUUGAUCCGGCCGGCUGUUCCUCACACACCAGACGAGCUCCUGACUCUGAGCAAUGAGGACGUGCGGUCAGCUUUCCAACAGCUUUUCCUCUCCACAGAGGAGGAGCGAACCAGAGCUCAUCUGAUCCUGGCAGCUCACCUCUGGAUACGAUCGGAUCCUCACGGGAACGACACCUUCCUUCACUGUGACGUGGACGCUCUCGCUCACCUGCUAAACCACCUGAUGAAGUGUGGUCAGUGGGGGCCUGUUCGUUUCCUGCUGUCCAGUUACUACUUCCUGUAUGCUAAUGUGCGGCACGGACUCCUGCGCCCCCUGCUGGAGAGCUUUGCUUUGUUUCCUGACUCAGAUGAUCUUCAGCAGUGUGCCGAUUUCCUGAAGAGGCACGCCCCCCUCCUCUCUGAUUGGCCGGCCUUGUUUGUGCAGCAGGCUCUGAAUGAAGUGGACGGUUCUCCGGCUCAAGUCUGGGCUCAGAAGAUGAUCCAGCAGGGAGGAGUGAGAGUCCUGAAGAGGCUCAACAACACGGAACACACACUGAGACAGACUGGUGAUCUGGUGUCCAGUUUGCUCUGGACUGCGUCCUGUGUGGCGGUCAGUCCAGGGGGAGGAUGCGUGGUGGUGGGGACGGAGAAAGGCACUCUACAUGUUUUCCUCUCGGAGAUGUUACAGGAAGUGAAGUCACUGGUCAGCAGCAGUGAUGGUGUCUCUGGCUGUGUGUUCCUGGAGGAGUCUGUGGUCUGUAUCACCUCGUACAGCGGUCAGGUGGAGGUGUGGGACAUUCACUCCGGCUGCAGGACGUCCCGUCUGAAGGUCCACUCCAGCAGAAUCACAGGAUGUGAGGUCAGCUCAGACAGGAGACUCUUUGCGACCGUCUCUCUGGACUUCAGCCUGAAGGUGUGGUCGUCCCGUGGGCUCCGGCAGGUGGCGUCUCUCCUCCAGCCCUCCCCUCCUAACUGUGUGACCUUCGACCCUGUGGGUGGGCUGGUGGGGGUGGGAUGCUGGGACGGAGCGGUCAGAGUGUGGGACUGGAAGAGACAAGAGAACCGUGCGACUCUCUCAGGUCAUCACUCCUCCGUACUCUGUCUGUCGUUUUCUCCCCCCUCCUCCUCUCUGCUGUGCUCAGGUAGUUUGGAUGGGGAGGUCAGGUUGUGGUCAGUUCCUGCAAUGUCCUGUGUGUGGUCCUGUCAGGCCCAUCGCGGCUCUGUUACAGCGGUCAGUUUUCUGCCUGACGGACAGACGCCGCUGAGCGCCGGGCAAGACGGAACGGUGCAGCUUCGUGGCCUUCUUUAUUGCUACAGCGGUGCUGUCCGCGCCUUAGCAAGUGGACGUGACGGGCGUUUUUUCUCCGUAUCUGAUGACCGCACUCUCCGAGCAUGGAGCGUCAGUCCAGAAAGACGUCUUGGAGAGGAAUUCUUGAGUGCGGUCUGCUUCCUGGAGAAAGGUGAACUGCAGGCAUGUGGUUUCCGAUCAGGCAAAUUGGAGUUAUGGCAUCACAACUCGCUGAUUUACUCCAAUAAGGUCAGUGACAGCUGUAUUCGGGCAGUGGCCAGUAUGCCGGAUAAACAGCUGGCUGUGGGCUGCAGUGACCACUCUGUGACCGUGUGGAAAUUUGACUUGGACUCCCAGUCCUGCACUGCAGAUCUGUCAAAGGUGUUGUCGUACUCUCUGAAAUCUCCUGUGGCUCACCUGCUCUACAAUAACGUCCUGCUGGGAGUUUUCGUUGACUCCUGUAUCACUGACAUCUCCUCUACAAUGACAGAUGAUAUCGAUUUCAGUCAGGACUGGACGGAUAACACACGACCUCUGGGGGUCGUGAAGAACGAUGAGAAGAGCAUAUGGGUUCUAGGAGAAUAUAAAAGUGAACUCCGGCUCAUCUUCACCCUCUCUGUCGUUUCCGGAAAACGCUGGCAUAUGUCCUUCUGUGACGUCCAGUUUGGCGGAGAGAAAGACAGCGAUGGUGAAGAGGAUGAAGAGGAGUCCAAGUCUAAAGAGUCACGUGAGGAGCCAAAUAAGGAGGUGCAUGAGGAAAUGUGUGAGGAACAGUCUGAGGAGACAUCUGAGGAAGCGUGUGAGGAGCCACAUAAAGAGACGCAUGAGGAACAGUCUGAGGAACAGUCUGAGGAACAGUCUGAGGAGACGUCUGAGGGAGCGUGUGAUGAGCCACAUAAAGAGACGCAUGAGGAACAGUCCGAGGAACACUGCGAGGAAUAUAAACCAAGGAAAACGUCGAUUUCAGCUGCAGCCAUGCAUAAAGGGUUUAUUGUGUGUGGAGAUGUCAGAGGGUGCAUGUGGACCUACCAGCCAUCAAGCAUGACCACAUGGAGUGAGAAAAGACAAGCUCACAGUGACCGGGUCAGCGUGCUCCGCGUCACAGAUAGAGCCAUUAUCUCUGCCUCUUACGACGGGACUGUCAAACUGUGGGACAGAAACACAAAGAAACAGGUGGGUCUGUUUGUUUGUGGGGCUCCGGUGGAGAUACUGGAGGUGAAUGAGGAUGACCCCGGUCAGCUGGUGUGCGGAGAUGCCUUGGGGCAGGUCUACUUCCUCACCUGGACAGGGUGAAGCCCCCCAACGCCUUUACGCUCAGGCUGCAGACACGCCCCCAGCUGGUUAAUCAGGGAUAGUGCACUACACACUAUAAGUGAUGUUCUCUGGGUUCCUGCAGCUCGUUUUGCCGUUUACACUAACAUUCAAGAAUUUGGAGUUAUUUCCACAGGAUUCGUGUAUUUUCUCUACAGUAAUAACUUAUAUAGUGUUGAUUUUAGGGACGCACAGGUGAUGAAUUUAUACAGGUGACUCUGAUUUCUUUACAGCCCAGAUGGUUGAUUUUUACUAACCUCUUCAAUUCUGAAGCUGAUUGGACUAAAUAUUCUGACAGGAA